GUGCACUUGUUUUUCUUCCGGAUAUAUGCCGAGUCAGUACGUACAAGCUAAACACUGUCAGCUGUUCCGAACUGAUCUGGAGGAUCUUCUUCUAUUGCCAACACGCAUCAUUUUAUGCGGCAAUGAUGUCAGCAAAGGCAGUGAUACUGAGAAGGAAGAUUCGCGCAUUGCUUUCCCAACCCUAGGGGGUGCCCUAAGUGGCCUUCUAAGCGAGGUCCACGCGCGCGCUUCGAUCGAAAACACUAUUGUGCGAGUGUUCAUCCCCAAGAGCAAGCAGGAGGCUCUUCUGUUAGACAAUCCGUACGUUCAACUGUAUCAACAGCAGUCCAAAGAUAAAUUAGAAAAUAAGAAAGAAGAGACCAGUGCGAUGUUGGAAUCAAAUGUGCCGAUUCAAUCACAGCGUCCAUCACAUAAAGAAAUGUUGCAUCGCGUGGGUCGCGUUGUGGCGCUGUUGCCGAAACCAAAAAGUACUAAUCAGGGUAUCAAUAGUGGCAGCAUGACCCCUGGAGAGGAGCUUUUGUCUUCUUGGCUAUUGGCCGUGCAUAUCGGUGAGAUGAUUGAACUAUUUCCCAUUAAAUGUGUCUCCAAUGAGGCUCUUUCCGAGUCCGAGCAUAUUGUUUAUCUCCACUCCACGUUAGGCAAAUACGCGACCGCGCGUCCCACGACAAAGCCGGCCGCUACGAAUGUCACCGACAACUUCAUCCUCACAGGUGAGCGUGUUGAGGCGGUGAAGAAGAAUUUAAAGGAUCUGCGUGCCGUUUUAGAGGCCGUGCAGCUCCACCAGCAGCAAAGGAACGGCGAAAAGGGUGGUGAACCCCUGCGUCAACUUCUGUCCUACAUGGGGGUGGACACCGGGGCGGGGAGUAGUCUACACCGCGUCCCCCCGCUCAAGCGCGCUCGCACGGACGGCGUGUUGGGGAUGGCGUUCGAGGCGGCCAAGGCGCAUGGCGAUCAGGAUGUAACGCAUCAGACUGACGAAGAGGUGGAGGCGGAGCAGGCACGGUACUUCGGCAACGGGGAAUUCUCCGAGGCCGUUCGAUUUUCUCGUUUAACCCAUGAAAACAAGCAGCUAACGGAGCAACUGGAUCAGCUACGACAGAUGCUUCAGGGCCGGGAUGAUAGCCUUGCUUUGUUGCAUAAGCAGAUGAGACAAACCGAGGAGCAACACAAAAGUGAACUUUCUCAGUGGUGUCUCAAGGAAUUAGAUGCGAGCAAGACUCACGAGCGGAUUGUGUUAGAGUACCACACAAAGUUAAAUGAAAACGAAACUCUUCUGCAGAAGGCCGAUGCAAAAUUGCGUGAGUUGGCAAAGAUGACCGUAAAAUACAAAAGUAUAUUCGAUGAGGUCUUGAAACGUAUGAACAUAAAGGGUAGGAAUCCAGAAGAAGUUCUGGCUUUAUUAAAGGAUGAUAAGUUUCAGACGCCUUUCUGA